UUUAUAUCAGGGUUUAUUCGUCAUCUUUCGUGAAAAAUAUAUAAAUGAAACAAAUGACUGGUUUGUCAAAAAUGUUGGACCCUCAAUUGUCCUCCAAUUCUGAAAUGAUUGGAUUCCGGACAGCAUUGGGUGCAGAAGGACUCUGAACAUUGAACAGUUACGUCAACGCUGACAAUAAAGUAAUUUAGCUCCAUCUGUUGACGAAAACGUGCAGUUACACGAAGAUGCAUUUUUUCCCCUUCCUCUUUCGGUCUACAUGCGGCAGAGCCUCAUUUGUGACAACCUUUGACGUCUUCGCUGUUUUUGCGUCCGUUUAUGUCAAUAAUAUCAAAAAGCCAGGUGGAUGCUCUUCGGUAGGAAAGCGUAGCAAAGCCGUUUGAAGAGAGGAGAGUGUGGACGACGCCUGCUCAGGAUCACUGACUGCAGUGCAGUGUGGCUUGUUGGAGCGUCUUCGUACCGUGAUCUGCACAUUAAACAUGUGACGUAGAGCUUGUUCGGACAUAACCAGACUGUGAAGCGAGGAUGAGGAGCCGCAGUAAUUCGGGAGUGAGGCUGGAUGGAUAUGCCAGGCUUGUCCAGGAGACUAUUCUGUGUCACCAGAAUCCAGUGUCAGGGCUCCUGCCUGCCAGUGCCCAGAAAAAGGAUGCCUGGGUGAGGGAUAACGUGUACAGUAUUCUGGCCGUGUGGGGGCUGGGCAUGGCCUAUCGCAAGAAUGCUGACCGUGAUGAGGACAAGGCCAAGGCCUACGAACUGGAGCAGAGUGUGGUCAAACUGAUGCAAGGACUUCUGCGCUGCAUGAUAAGACAGGUUGACAAGGUGGAGAAGUUCAAACACAGUCAGAGUACCAAGGAUUGUUUGCAUGCCAAAUAUGAUACUCCCACUUGUGCCACGGUGGUGGGAGAUGACCAGUGGGGUCAUCUUCAGGUGGAUGCCACCUCGAUUUACUUGCUGAUGUUGGCACAGAUGACGGCCUCAGGUCUUCGUAUCAUCUCAAACUUGGAUGAGGUAGCGUUUAUCCAAAACUUGGUCUUCUACAUCGAGGCUGCAUACAAGGUUGCGGAUUAUGGCAUGUGGGAACGAGGUGACAAAACCAACCAGGGCAUCCCCGAGCUCAAUGGCAGCUCUGUUGGAAUCGCAAAGGCCGCUCUAGAGGCUAUCGAUGAGCUGGAUCUUUUUGGUGCCCACGGUGGCCCAAAGUCUGUCAUCCAUGUUCUUCCUGAUGAAGUGGAACACUGCCAGUCCAUCCUGUGCUCCAUGCUGCCCAGAGCUUCAACUUCCAAGGAGAUAGAUGCCGGCCUCCUGUCUAUUAUAUCUUUCCCCUCGUUUGCAGUGGAGGAUGCAGAAUUGGUGGCCAUCACCAAGUCGGAAAUCAUCGGGAAAUUGCAGGGACGCUAUGGUUGUUGCCGCUUUAUCAGAGAUGGAUAUCAUUGUCCUAAAGAGGACCCAACCCGGCUGCAUUAUGAUCCUGCUGAGCUGAAGCUAUUUGAGAAUAUUGAAUGCGAGUGGCCCGUCUUCUGGACCUACCUCAUUCUUGAUGGUAUCUUUACAGAAGACCAAGUGCAGGUGCAGGAGUACCGUGAGGCACUGGAGGGCAUAUUGAUCCGGGGGAAAAAUGGCAUCAAAUUGCUGCCUGAACUUUAUGCUGUACCAACUGACAAGGUGGAGGAGGAGUACAGCAACCCGCAUUCUGUGGACCGAGUGGCAAUGGGCCAGGUCCCUCACAUGUGGGGGCAGUCGUUGUAUAUCCUGGGCUGCCUUUUGGCUGAGGGCUUUUUGGCACCAGGAGAGAUCGAUCCUCUCAACAGGAGGUUCUCCACAAAUUUAAAGCCUGACGUUGUGGUUCAAGUUUGUGUCUUAGCAGAAUCCAAGGACAUCCAGAACUUGUUGAAUGAACAUGAGAUAGAGGUCCAAAUGUUGUCCGAGGUUCUGCCAAUCAGGGUCCUGCCUGCUCGCAUCCUGAGCCACAUUUAUGUCCGACUGGGGAAUUGCAAGAAGCUGAAUUUGAGUGGCAGGCCCUACAGACACAUUGGAGUUUUGGGAACAUCCAAAUUUUAUGAGAUCAGGAACCGCUCAUAUAUAUUCACCCCUCAGUUUCUUGAUCAGCACCAUUUCUACUUGGCCCUGGACAACCAGAUGAUCGUGGAGAUGUUGCGUACAGAGGUGGCCUAUCUCUCCUCCUGCUGGAGGAUGACAGGACGACCCACCCUGACUUUCCCCAUCACCCGCAGCAUGCUCGUUGACGAUGGAGAUGCAAUUGAUCCAUGUAUCGUAGCAACGCUGAGGAAGCUGCAGGAUGGCUAUUUUGCGGGUGCAAGGAUCCAGAUGUCGGACCUCUCCAGUUUACAGACCACUUCCUUUCACACUCGACUCAGCUUCUUGGAUGAAGAAAACGACGAGAGCUUACUUGAAGAGGAUGAAGAGGAAGAGAAAGACUAUGGAGAAGAAUACAGCCAAUGUGAACCUUCAGGCUCAAACGACAUGUUUGAUCAGUACCUUACGCAGCUCCUCCACAGCACCACCACCAGAUGUCAUCUUCCUCCCAUCCAGGGCGGGGAACACCACGUGUUCAGUGCUGAACACACCACCAGAGAUAUCCUGUCUAUGAUGGCUCAGGUUCAAGGUCUUAACGUGCCCAAGUCUUCCAUGUAUCUACCUGUUGUCCCUCUCAUGAACAAGCAUCGCAAAUCUCUCAACCUGUUGGAAAUUCCUCAGCUUGCCUCACAUGCAAAGCAACACAAGACAAAGUGUUGCAGUGCAGCUGAUCUCCACUUGCCGCGAGACGCCCAGGGCAACAUGGAUUUUGCAGUGCUGGUGAGGCAGCUGAAAGAGUGUCCAACUCUGCAAGACCAAGCAGACAUCCUUUAUAUUCUCUAUAUGAUGAAAGGAGCUGAUUGGCUGGUUGAGGUGUCAGAUCCAGGCCAUGGUUGGGUGAGUGUCCGCACCCUAUUGGAGGAGCUGUAUGUGCAAGCUGGAGCCUGCAAGGAAUGGGGUCUCAUCAGAUACAUUUCGGGAAUACUGCGCAAGAGAGUGGAGGUCCUCGCAGAGGCCUGCACAGAUCUUAUUUCCCACCACAAGCAAAUUACCGUUGGUCUUCCUCCUGAACCCAGGGAAAGAGUCAUCACAGUUCCUCUCCCCCCCGAGGAGCUAAACGCUCUCAUCUUUGAAGCCAGUGGUCAGGACAUCAGCGUUGCUGUUCUCACUCAGGAAAUCAUGGUCUACUUGGCUAUGUAUGUGCGCUCCCAGCCCGCCCUAUUUGGAGACAUGCUCCGACUGAGAAUAGGACUCAUCAUGCAAGUGAUGGCCACCGAGUUGGCUCGCAGUCUGCGAUGCUCAGGGGAAGAGGCCUCUGAAAGUCUGAUGAGUCUCAGUCCUUUUGGCAUGAAGAACUUGCUGCACCACAUCCUCAGUGGCAAGGAGUUUGGCGUGGAAAAAAGCAUGCGACCCAUCCAGUCAACAGCGACCAGUCCGGCCAUCUCUAUCCAUGAACUAGGACACACUGGAGCCACCAAGACGGAGCGCUCGGGAAUACACAAACUCAAGAGUGAAAUCAGACAGUUGGAUGACUCCCGGCCACUCAGUAUCGUCAGCGGUAGCCUCUCCACAUGCAGCAAUGUCACCUCUCCUCGCUCCACGCGUUGUAGCAGCCCCUCCACUCCCAGUGGGAUGUUGUCCCCAGUGGGCUCUGGUCAAGGUGAUGGGCAGCUGCACUGGGAGGAGAGGCAAGGCCAGUGGCUCAGGAGACGCAGAUUGGAUGGAGCUAUCAACCGAGUCCCGGUGGGUUUUUACCAGAAAGUGUGGAAGAUUCUGCAGAAAUGCCACGGCCUGUCCAUCGAUGGCUAUGUCUUACCUUCAUCUACCACAAGAGAGAUGACAGCAAGAGAGAUCAAGUUUGCAGUGCAGGUGGAGUCGGUUCUCAACCACGUGCCUCAACCGGAAUACAGACAGCUGCUGGUGGAGACCUUAACGGUUCUGGGCCUGGUAGCCGACGUCGACGUUGACAGCAUUGGGGGUGUCAUCCAUGUGGAGCGCAUCCUACACAUGGCCAACAACCUCUUCCUCAACGACCAGAAAUCUCACAGUGCCUGUGACUAUUUCCUUCAGAAGGACCCAGCAACAGGAAUUUGCAACUUUUUCUAUGACAGCGCCCCCAGUGGCCGUUAUGGCACCAUGACAUAUUUGUCGAAAGCGGCGAUCGCAUAUGUUCAGGACUUCCUGCCGAGUUCAAGCUGCCUGAUGCAGUGAAGAAGUAAAAACAUUAAAAAAAAUGUCCAAUAUUUAUUCAAUGUCCUCAACAUCCAUCUUAACUCAACUGCAUUUACAACUCGGCUCACUGACAGAUUGACUCUCUGACCAGGGAAGGGUUUUUUUAUCCUUACUAAUAUGUAUCCCACCAGUACAACCUGAAGAUGGAUUUCCUUGAGAUUGAAUAAAUGCGCAAACGUCUUUAUUUCAAGAUAACCAUUAUUAGUCUCAUGAUGGGGAAAUAUGCAUUACGAUAAUUAUUGUAAACAUUACUUAUAAAGUUCAACAAGUGCCCGAGUUGCAACUGGUGUGCUGAAUUGUCUUUCCAAACUCGGUGCUCCCGAAAGACAUGUGAAGAGGCAUGUGAUUGUAAUAUUUACUCCGAUUAUAUCAUACUAGCUGGUUCGCCGCCCUCCGGGCGGCUCAUCAGCUAGUUCCUGCGGAAGGCUGGUAAGGUGGGCCUUCGGCCCACAAAAGUGUUGUUGCUUGGUUCAACUUUUUGUUCAUCUUCAUUGCUUAUCGCGAAAAUAAAGAGAUGUUUAGCUCUACUAAAUAACUAACAAUUUCAUUGCAAUGCUUGUGGGUAGACAACAUUUUUUCGCAGUGGCGGCGCGCAGCUGCGCGGUGAAGUAGGUACGUUUUGAAAAGGGACAGACGCAAGGACAGACCGCGUGCGGGACGACGCGCAAUAUAUAUAUAGAUUGUUAUAAUAGUCUUGACAUUUCAUUUGUAAACCUGGAUUGUGGACAUCAUUUUAAUCGGGAUAUUCAGUAGCUCACAAAAGUGAGUAGACAUUUCUGCAUCUAUGUAACUAUAUCUCUUCAUGAGAUAACACAGAAGAAAUUACACAUAUGUAUAACCCCUGGAAACAAGAAAAUAGUACACCCCAAAGUGAAAAUGUCCAAAUUGAGCACAGUUUUGGUAUUCCAGCUGUCAGAAUGGCCACUGAAAAUUCAAAAUGGCACUUCAUGACAAAAAACUCUCUGAAAAAAGUGUAGUUGCUCUGCAUAAAGAUGGCCUGGGCUAUCAGAAGAUUGCCAACACCAUGAAUUUUAGCUGCAGCAACGUGAUCAAGAUCAUCUAGUCGUUUAACAGGACAUGCUCUACUCAGAACAUCCCUCACCCUAACCAAAGAAUUGCUGUGUACAUGUUCAGCGUCACAUCCAGAUGUUGUCUUUUCAAAAAUAUGCAUGUGAGAGCUCUGGCAGUAUUCCAACCUAAUGACCCCAAGCACACCUGCAAGAUGACCUCUGCCUUCUUAAAGAGGAUGAGGGUAAAGCUGAUGGACUGGUCAAGCAGUCUCCAAGGCUAAACCUAAUUGAACCUUUCUCUGGUGGAAUCCUCAAAUGGAAGGUGGAGGAGUGUUAAGUUCCUGAAUGUCAACCAUCUCUGUGAUGUAGUCAUGGAGCAGUGCAAGAGGAUUCUAAUGGUAACCUGUGAAAACUUGGUGAGCUCCAUGUGCCAAGAGUGUUAAGGCAACACUGGAAAAUAAAAGGUAGCCACACAAAAUAUGGACACUUUGGGCACUUUCACUUUGGGGUGUACUCACUUUUGUUGCCAGCGGUUUAGCUAUUCAUGGCUGUAUUUUGAGGAAACAAAUUUGAGCGUAAUGGGAGUCAAUGUGCAAUGAUAAUCCUAAUCCAUGUGUCUUCCAUCAUCACACAACUCGAACUACUUUUAUUGUAUACCAGCAUUUGAACAAAUACUGUGUUUGCAUGCUGCCCAAUGAAUACUGUUUGAAAGUGAUCAAGUACACACGUUGAACAGAGUAUGCUGAAUUAUAACUACCUGUGGAAACCAACAGGUUGACACUCCAUCCCAGCCGCUUUUAAAGGCGCAGCCAUGCAUGUUGACCCAAAGUUUCAGGAAAUAUCAGGAUCGGCCAUAUUUCGUUGUUCCCAGCCCAAUUAUGUGAGCUCUACACCCAACCCCCAUUUCUAAGUUGUAGUAUAAUUUUGGGAUCGUGGGCUUUCGGGUGAAAUUUCAGGAUGAACCUUAAAUGGCCUAUAAUAUUUGCAGGUGAGCUUCAUUUGACCUUAACUAAACUUUAGAAUACUCUUGAAUGUUUGGGUCAACCAAAAGUCUUGGUUGUACUGGAGGGCAUUGUAGGUUCAACCUAAAAUUUCACCCAGAAAAUGUUUUGUGAGUAGUGCAAAUUGCAUUGCAGUAUUAAUAAUAAUAAAAACGGCAGAAUCACA